AUGGUCAAAGCCAAAGACUUUUUGCUGCGGAUCGACGAUGCCGACUUCGAGAACGCGUUGUUCGUUCGACAAAGCGAACUGCAACAAGCGGAAGCUUCGCUCGAGAUCGAACGAGGACGACAGUCGUUAGCCAAGAAAGAGCUGGCAUUGCUGGAAGGAACGAUCGACGAAGCGAACCGCGCACUGGUGCUGCGAGAACCGCAAGUCGAAUCGAUUGAAGCGGAAGUGAAUGCAGCCAAAGCAUCGGUCGAACGUGCCAAACUCGACUUGGAACGGACCAACAUUUAUGCCCCGUUCGAUGCCCAGAUUCUCAGCCGUUCGGUCAACGUCGGUUCACAAGUCGCCCCCGGCGACGAGUUGGCCCAGCUGGUCGGGGUGGACGAAUAUUGGAUUAUGGCUUCGGUGCCUGUGCGCAGCCUGCAGUGGAUUCAAUUCCCAGAGUUGGAUGGUCGCAGCUCGCUGGUAACGCUUCGUAAUCCCGACACAUGGCCGAAGGGUGUCGAACGUUACGCGUCUGUUUCUCGCAUGAUUGGCAGCCUCGACCAGCAAACACGUUUGGCUCGCGUGCUUAUUGUCGUCGCCGAUCCGUUGGCGUUGAAAUCUGACGUUCCUCCGCUGAUUCUCGAUACACUGAUCGAAACGCACAUUGAAGGAGGCACCGUGAGCGAAAACGAAUCUUCCCCCAGCCGGCAGGAAGGGGCGAUCGCUUGGAUGGCCAAGAAUUCGAUCGCCGCCAACUUGCUGAUGAUCAUUUUACUGGCCGGGGGAAUCUGGUCGGCGAUUACGAUCCAGAAGGAAGUCUUUCCGCAAUUUCAGCUCGACAUUGUCGAGGUAUCGGUCGGCUAUCCAGGAGCGGCUCCGGAAGAAGUCGAACAGGGAAUUCUGCGGCCGAUUGAAGAAGCUGUCCGUGGCGUGGAAGGGAUUCGCGAGAUCACCAGCGAGGCCCGCGAAGGGCAAGGGACCGCACUGAUCGAGCUGGUCGGCGGACAAGACCGCAUGAAGGUGUACCAAGACAUCGAUCAAGCGGUGAAUCGAAUUCGUACGUUUCCGGAUCAGAUCGAACAGCCGGAAGUGCGGCUGCAAUCGCGGCAACGGGAAGUGAUGCAAGUCGGUCUGUAUGGCCCUGUCGAUGUCUGGACGCUGCGCAAGCUGGCCGAACAGCUGCGCGAUCAGUUGACUUCGCACCCCAAUAUCACGCAAGUCGCGCUGAGCCGCGUUCCUGAGUAUGUCACCCAUGUCGAGAUUCCGCGGCAACGACUGCGGGAAUAUGGACUGACGCUUUCAGACGUGGCUGACCGCAUUCGUGUGUCGAGCCAGGACAUUGCAGCCGGGGCCGUUUCGACGAGCGCUGGCGAGAUUUUGCUACGAGUAAAGGCCCGGAAGCAAUGGGCGCAGAAAUUCGCUGAUAUCGAAAUCGUUUCCGGCCGACGCGGUUCGGUCGUCAGGCUUGGCGAUAUCGCCACGAUUCGGGAUGGUUUUGAAGAGGUCGGAUUUCACUCGCAAUUCAGCCAAACCCCUUCGGUGGAAGUCGAUGUCUUUCGUGUCGGUGCUCAGUCGCCGAUUGACGUCGCCAACGCAGUCGAAGAAACGAUGAAAGAAUUCGAGUCGGUGUUGCCGCCGGGCGUGAAGUGGCGGAUCGACCGAAACAAUGCCGAAGAGUUCCGUCGGCGUCUGUACCUGGUGAUGGAAAACGCCGCGAUGGCGGUGGUAAUUGUGCUGGUGAUUUUAGCCCUGUUCCUGGAAGU